AUGUCAAAGUCAAUCCUUUCUGCAUCAGCCAAAGGUGCUACGUUUCUGAUCCUUCUACAAGUCGGCUCCCGUGCCCUCACGUUUGCGGUCAAUCAAGUCCUCCUAAGAUUCCUGUCUCCCGAACUCCUCGGUAUCUCAUCACAGCUCGAGCUUUACUCUAUAUCAGUCCUCUAUUUCGCUCGUGAAAGCAUCAGAGUAGCUGUCCAACGACAAGCAACCGGAACCCAAGCAGUCGUCAACCUCGCUUACGUUGCUAUUCUGCUCGGGGUUCUCCUGGCAUAUGUACUUGCAGCCCUGUACCUGCGAGUGGACAUCCCCAGUGUUCCAUAUUUCGUUGAGUCUCUGGAGCUAUAUGGCGUCGCAGCCAUCAUCGAGCUCCUCACCGAGCCGAGCUUCGUGGCAGUCCAGCAGAACAUGCUAUACAAGAUUAGGGCUUCUGCUGAGACAGCAGCUACCAUAGCAAAGUGCUUCUCCACCUGCGGAUCCGCUAUCUGGGCUGCUCGGAACGGUCUUGAUGUUGGGCCAUUACCGUUUGCUGUUGGGCCAUUACCGUUUGCUGUUGGCCAGACCGUCUACGCCCUCAUACUGCUCUUCUCAUACGUAAUUCAGCUUCGGGUUGUGUCUGUACGGGACAAGUUCUCGUUGCUGCUCACAAAGAUCCCUCCAAAUGACUCAACCCCCUACUUCUUGGGUUACUUCUCAAAACCACUCUGCAGUCUUACGCUGAGCCUCUCCCUACAAUCCGCAGUAAAGUACAUCCUCACGCAAGGCGACUCCCUUCUCAUAGCCUCACUAGCUUCGCUACGUGAUCAGGGUGCUUACGCUCUGGCUUCAAACUACGGGGGCCUCGUAGCGCGUAUGCUCUUCCAGCCAAUCGAAGAAAGCAGCCGCAACCUCUUCGCGAAACUGUGUGCACUCCAGCCGAAGUCCCAGCAGCCGACUAGGGAAGGCAUCAAACAGGCGAGGGAUGUUCUUCAGGACAUACUGAAGCUGUACAACCUCAUCUCUCUCGUCGCCUGCUCGCUUGGACCCACGCUGGCGCCUUUACUCCUGCGCAUCGUGGCCGGCGCGAAGUGGGUAGAUACGGGAGCCGGAGAAGUGCUAGCUACCUACUGCUACUACAUCCCACUCUUAGCACUUAAUGGCGUCACUGAAGCCUUCGUGGCAGCUGUCGCGAGUAAUGCAGAACUGCGCGGUCAGUCCGUCUGGAUGGGUGUAUUCUUCGUAGGAUUUGCGAGUUCUGCAUAUCUGUUUCUCGGCGUACUUGAGAUGGGCGCACAGGGCCUCGUAUACGCCAACUGCGUCAACAUGCUGCUGCGCAUUGUCUGGGGUUUGAGCUUCAUCAGACGAUACUUCCGCAGCAACGGAGAGACCUUCUCGUAUCUUGACACACUACCGUCGGCGAUGAGCAUCGUCGCAGCAGUGUGGGUGCCAGCUACGCUGAAAGCAACUGCGGGCAUGUUUCUGGCUUAUGGGCUACUUGGAGAUCUGCUUCGGACGGGCGGGAUCGCGGUGAUAUUGGGUGUAUCGCUGUAA